AGUGCAGCGAGACCGAACCUGUGGAAACCGCGAUGAACAGCUGAUCCUCCCGCAGUGGAUGAAGCCUCCCGCCGCGGUCUCCUGCCGGUCACGAUGUCCGCUCCUGCGCACGGCACUAUGUGAACAGCUGUUGGACAAACAAAGAAAGGAAGUUAUAACAAGAAGAAAAGAGUGAAGAUAUAUGCACAUACAUAUGUUGUUUUGGGAUCUUAAAUUAAUAAUAACGUCUUAGAUUUGUGUUGGUUUUUUUUUUUCCUUCUUCUUCUUCCCGGAUUGGAGAUACUGCGCGCUUCUCGGUGCGUCACCGGCUCUCAGUCAUGCUAUUGCCAAGCGCUGCUGUCUUCACUUUUUCUUGCUUUUUGGCCCCGUUGCUCCUCUGCUACCUGCCUCAAGUCUCAGCACAGAAGCCCGGAUCGCGGUGGCUGAUCGGAGAGAGAGACAACCACUGCGGGUCCGUCUGCUUGCGGACGCUCGGGAAGCCGGUGUGCGGCUCGGAUGGGCGGACCUACGAGACAAACUGUGAGCUGCAGAGGGCCCGAUGCAGGGACAAGACGCUGACGAUGGCGCAUCGGGGAAGGUGUCGAGUGAAGUUUACGCAGCCGGUGGCUCCAGCACCAACGGCCACAUCUGAUGGGAGGGAGCCAGAGCCGAAAGAGGCAGGUCAGUCGAAGUGCCACGUCGAGAGGAACCAGGCCCUGGAACAGGCGCGGAGGCCUCAGGAGUCCACGUUCGUCCCGGAAUGCAACGAGGAUGGAACGUUCGCCCAGGUCCAGUGUCACACUUUGACAGGUUACUGCUGGUGCGUCACCUCCGACGGCAAGCCAGUGAGUGGCUCCUCUGUGCACAACAGGAAGCCUGUGUGUUCAGGAAACUUCAGUGAAAAUAUGGGAACUGAUGCUGGAAGGAGUGGAUUCUCAGUUAGGUCAGUAACCGACCGACCACCUGGGCCCCCGAAUGCGGGUAGAAAAGGAAUGUUCCAGAGGCUGCGAAACCGCACACAGGUCUCCUUCCGUUUCUUUCUCACUCUCAACCCAGACGACGGCUCCAAGCCCACCCCCACCAUGGAGACCCACAUCCCCCCCGAGGGUGAGGAGAUAACUGCUCCGACACUGUGGAUAAAACAUCUGGGGUACAUGGAGAAUAAGCAGAACAGCUCCACUUCCAGAAGGCAAGAAAAGGUUCCCUCUUGUGACCAGGAGAGGCAGAACGCCCUGAAUGAGGCUCAGCAGAGUUCCCGGGAGUCCAUUAUCAUUCCGGACUGUGGGUCUGGAGGUCUUUACAAACCGGUCCAGUGCCAUCAGCAUACUGGUUACUGCUGGUGUGUUUUAGUGGAUACGGGACGGCCCAUCCCCGGAACGUCAACCUUGUACAAGACGCCGGAGUGUGACGCAGACGCGCGGUCUUAUGUCGCGGACCCGGAGGACCCGUUCCACGUCAGACCCCUGCAAGGCUGCCCAGAGGGGAAGAAGGGGGAAUUCAUUACAAGCUUGUUAGACGCUCUCACAACCGACAUGGUGCAAGCCAUAAACUCACCGGCCCCCUCUGGUGGCGGGAGGUUUGUGGAACCUGAUCCCAAUCACACUCUGGAGGAAAGAGUGGUGCAUUGGUACUUUGCCCAGCUGGAUAACAAUGGCAGCAAUGACAUCAACAAGAAGGAACUCAAACCUUUCAAGAGGUACCUGAAGAAGAAAGCUAAACCUAAGAAAUGUGCCCGCAAGUUCACCGACUACUGUGAUCUGAAUAAGGACAAGGCUAUUUCGCUGCAGGAGCUGAAAGGCUGCCUCGGUGUCAGCAAAGACGGAAGCCCGUUGACAAGCGGCAGUCAAGGAACAAGGCAAGGGACAAAACUGUUCAUCGGCCGUCUGGCGUGAGGAGGGAACGGACGAGAAGCUGAAGACGAGAGCAGAGGCGACGGAGGCGUCUGCACGCUUCCCGACGGGAACCUAAAGACGGAGCAGAGAAAUCAAGAAGUUUCUGAAUCGGAGAGAGAAAAAAAAGAACGAGAGAGAGAGAAAAGAGAAAAGCAACAAAGCGGCGCCAAAAUAAUUGCACUUUUUCCUCCCUACGUCUGACAUAUUAACUGCUUUUUUGUUUGUUAUUUUUCAUCUUGAAGUGACUGAGAAUUCACUAAGUAAAAAAAAAAGAGAAUAUAUUUGUAAAGAGUUGACAGGCUCACCACUGGAAGAGCGCGUAUGUGUAUGUAACCACUCCCCCUCCCCUGCUGUAUGUUCAGUCUGCUGUGUUGAUUUGCUCAGUCCACAUGUCUCAAUCCCAGGCCUGUCCAAUAAAACGUUACACCACCCUCGCCCCCGCCCUCCACCACCGUCAGACAUGCUGCAGCAGCAGACAGCUCAGCGGCGAAUCAGCAAACAAUCAAUCAAAAAAAAAAAAAAAGUAAAUCAGUGUGAACCCACUGACUUACACCUGAUUUGUCAGCGUAAGACAAUGAACUCUAUGAAUUCCCUCGCUCUGGCUGUAGAUCUGUUGGUGUUUUCCUUGUAAAAAAAGAAAACAUAAGAGCAGAUGUUUGUGUUGUAAAGAAGAAAGCAAAAACUUGCUGCAAGUACUUAGCUGUGCCACCCAAAGCCGAUGCAAGGCAGCCACGCCAUCUGCGCUAAAUACUUCACACAGUCUGUUGGCUAAAGAAAAAAAACAAACAAAAACAUAAUGAUAAAAAAGGCAAUAAAAAGCGCCGAAGUAGUUCAGACAAUACCUGUGGUGACGUAAUGCGUCUCUUCUUCAGAACCCAGCGGGGGAUUGGCCGACAGCAAAGCCAUCAGUUGAGCUCCACUGCUAGCUCCGCUAACUCUUUAGAUAAACUGGCACAUCCGAAUAUCUAAAGACGCGCCGUGUGGAUGUCUGUGCCCUAAAAGACGAGCCUUUAAAUAACACAAACCUAUAAAGGAGUAAAAUAUCUCCAACAAAAGAUUAUUGUAGUUGAUCCAUUAGGCACAGGAACUCUAGCUGCCGCGUUCCACCUUGUUCAGCUGCCAUUUUGCUUUUGGUGUUUUCAGAUUGUUUUCAUCUUUUACUGACAUUUAAUGUGACAGGCCCACAUGGGAUAAAGCAGACGGAAAACGAUAACAUGGUCGUCAAUUUGUCCUCGGAAAGUUGUGCGCGUGUGUUCAGUCGUCCUGGAUUAAUCCUUUGUAGAACAACACGUUUGUUUCUACCAGCUUUGAACAUCUAGGGGUUGGAAAUUCAAAUCAACCAAGAUUAAACUGUGACCAUCUCUAAAUAUCAAUUUUCAAGUCUUGCCCUUGAUUCUAAAUGUCAUUUUUGUCUGGAGUUUGACUGGGACAUUUUUACACACGAAUAUACUUUGAUUGAAUCUCGGGCUGUUUGUUUCUUGUCGCCCUGCUGGAAGUUGAGAAUACUGGCUAGACGUAAGUAGCUCCAUCAAUUCGACCCGCUUCCCAUGAUGCUGCCGCCACCACGAUGCUGCAAACCUCUGAGGUCUUCGGUUGGAUUCAUAAAUUGUGCGCAGAAAGACUUUAUUCACUAAGCAGGCGACUUCUAAACUCAGUCGAUUGUGCCGGAUUUUUAUUUGAGAGUAUUAGAGCAAAGAGGGGCUGGAUGCAAAAAAAGCACGCCACACUUUUCAGAUUUUUACCUGUAAAACAUUUGAAAACCAUGUAUUCUUUUUUUUUUUUUUUUACUUCCACUUAACCGUGAGUCAGUACUUUGAGAAGCCUGAAAUUAGUGGAUGUAAAGUGAAAGUAUAUGGUUCAUUUCAAGCCAUUUAAAUACUUGCAUGCAAUUGUGAUUUCCGAAAAUGACCAAUAGUGACAUUAUUGUGUAAGAAAAUAGCCUUAGCUUUAUCAGGUAGCAUGAUGGUGGAUUAACAGUCGUCUGCGGAGCUAAGUAUCAAAACGGCUUUUAAAAACGAUGGGUUAAUGAGGGAGAACAACGUUUUCAGUUUGUUGUUGAUUUGGUUAAUUAGCUGGCGUCUCUAUCAACGAAUGAAGAUUCUGGUUUUAAACGCAGGAAAAAAAAAAGAGAAACAACAACAAUUUAAACAAUGUGGCAUUCGCGCACAAAUUUCAAUUUCAUAAAACAAAUAUGUUUUCUGAGCAUUUACUGUUAGUUCCUCCGGUGCCACGUGUCGGCGUUCAUCCCUGAAACAAUCGACAACAUCCACCUUAAAUCCGCCCCGCCUCACCUGAUCCCGCUCUGGAUGCAAAAACACACACAGCCAAAAAAACAACGGAGCAGAGAGGGAAGAGAUAUUAAAUCUUUUAGGAAUUUGAAGCAUAAAAAUUCCUCCCCACAUUUGGGAACAAUUGGGUCUCACACUAGGAGAAACACGCUUUCGCUGCUGGAGUCUGGACGCUCGUGUCUGUGUGUUUUGAGUUUUUGUUUUGUUUGGUCCCCCUCACAAAUAUCUGCAGCGGCUCAUGGACACGAAAUGCUUUUUAUUGUAAAUAUGUACGAUAACCUUUUUGUUUGACGGUUUUACUAAAUCCCACUACAGUGGCAUGAUUUUAAAUGUACUUCACUGUCAGCGUAGCUUCUUGUAAAACACACCCCCUGUUUUUCUUCUCCUUCUUCUAACUCAUUCACGCUUAAGUCCGUAGACUGGUCUGUUUAUUUUUAUUUUAUUUUUUUUUAUCCGUGCUCUGCUUCAUUUUGUGUCUGCCUUCAUCACUGAACACCAGCAGGAAUGUAACACAGCAACUGGUGCUUACAAUCAGAACGUCCGGUUAUUUCCAUUCUAACGUGAACUGAACAUUUGUGCCAAGAACAAGAGAAUAAUCCCAUCCUUCCUCGA